ACUCACUCUACAGGCCAGGCUGGCCUCGGACUCAGAAAUCCACCUGUCUCUGCCUUCCACCUGCUGGGAUUAAAGGCGUGUGCCACCACAUGCAGAAGACUUCAUUCUUAGUGGAGGCCCAAGAUUGCAUUUAUCAAGCAGGAUGCUACAGUAGAGUUGCAGCAAAGCCACUGUUUUGAAAUGCCCAGUGUUGAAAGCCUGAGAUCGCUGCACUCCAUUCUGAAGGGAGGACGCUGAGUGUCCUGUCAGAGCAGCAGUUGCUCCCUGUGACCAAAAACAGCAUUUGGCUAAUGAGCAAAGUGUCGAGGUCAUCGAGCGUGGCAGAGGACAUCUGGGAAACAGAGGAUGACAUGACGGAAGGUGACCUAGGGUAUGGCCUCGGGAGAAAACCCGGUGGUAUUUAUGAAUUUCCGUGUUCGACUACAUCUAAGAAAAGGUCAGAUGGAAAGAUCCCAAGCCCACCUCCGUUUCCAAGAAAGGGGGAAGAAAGAAGCGAAGCCGUUUUCCAGUAUUCCAGGAAUAAGGGCUUACAGGAUACAUGCGCUCACGGAUGCAGAGCAUCCGGCUACAGAAGACAGAGCAGCACUGAUUCUAAUUCAGAAUUGUCAGAUGAACAAUUAAGGCAACGUCUUCGUGAAGCUUUAGAGGAAGUAGAGAUUUUAAAAACAGAACUUGAAGCAUCUCAAAGACAACUUGAAGGUAAAGAGGAAGCGUUGAAAAUUCUUCAAAGCAUGGCAAUGCUUGGCAAAGCCACAAGCCACACACAGACAAUGCUUCAAAAAACUAUAGAACAAAAGAGAUCUCUGGAGAAGGAAAUAAAUGCCUUGCAGUGGGAAAUGGAAUUUGAUCAGGAUAGAUUUAAAAAUAUAGAAGAAUCUUGGAUCCAAAAAUAUGACAGGCUAAACUGUGACAAUGCAGUCCUCAGAGAGAAUCUGCAGUUGAGAACAGAGGAGAUAAAGAUGCUCAAGUCUGAAAAUGCUGUUUUGAAUCAGCGGUACUUGGAGGCCCUCGCCAUGCUUGAUAUCAAACAGCAGAAGAUGGCUCAGGAGAACAUGGGUCAGGAGGAGCGUGGCUUUACAGAGGUAUCAGGUCUCGAGCUUGCGGUCCUUGGAGCCUGUCUGUGUCAUGGUCCUGGAGGGAGCCCCUGUUCUUGUGCCAAAAUGGCAGCAUCCACUCAGAAACUGGUUCUUCAGCUCAGACAUGAGUUGGAAACUCUGCAGAAGAGUAAGGAAGAGGCACACAUAACGGCAGAUGCAUUCAGAAUUGCUUUUGAGCAACAAUUAAUGAGGAAAAAUGACCAGGCACUGAGACUGGCACGAGGGGAUAUGUGUAGAAGAACAGCAACGUGGAUCAACAGGCAACGCCAGGCAGAGGAUGGCUAUCCGGCACAAAGGAGGAAGAAGACCUUAGGGCAAAGACUGCUGGGGAUCCUCCCUUCAGAAAACAGUUCCAAGGCUGCUGAAGACCAAGACAAUCCGCAAGAGGUCUUUAAGAUGCUGAUAGAGUUGUUGAAUGAUAAAGAAGAAGCACUUGCUCAUCAAAGAAAGGUUAGUUACAUGCUUGCUCGGGCACUGGAAGACAAAGACACUGCCUCGAAAAAGAAUAAAGAAAAAAUUCCCAUGAGCCAGACUUUCCCAUUCAGAACUGCCUGGCAGGAUGCUUCAGAGCUCUGUGGUCUGCGUGAUCCAGUGCAUUCAAAUGUCCAUGUUUCUGAACCCGUGGGUUGCAUUUGUUCAAUACGGCAUCCUCAAAAAGUUUCAGACUGCUCAAGAACUCUUAAAAGAUCCUGUUCUUUGCCAUCCAAUAUAUUUUACAAAUAUACCACUUGAAAUUAGAAUUAAAGAUGCUAAAAAUCAGAUUUUGGAGCUAGAAAUGGCGCUCAGAGGUAGAGAUUUGGUUAGCGUGUAUACGGCCUUGGUUUAACACAUGGUGGUGCGUGUCUUUAACCCUGGUACUGAGGAAGCAGAGGCAGGCAGAUCUCUGACUUUGAGGCCAGCGUGGUCUACAGAGCAAGUUCUGGAACAAAUGCUUCAUAAGGAAGAAGAACAAAAUUAAACAGGCCUUGGGUUUGAUGUUCAGCAUUGCAAAGACUUUGUCUGGAGGCUCAUGCCUGUAAAUCCAAGCACUUGGGAGACUGAGGCAGGAGGACUACUGUGAGUUUGAGGGGUAACUAGAUUAUAUUAAGACUGUUGCCAAAACAGAAAAACAACCAUGUAAAUGUCAAUAUUAAGAAGCUGUAUGCUUUCAAGAUGUUUUAAAAAUUUAUUAGCACAGUAAUUUACAAAGUAGUUUCACUAUAUCUUAAUACAUGUAUUAAUAUAUGUGUUUUGAUCACAUUCCCCCCUUUGAAUUUUAAGAUGCAGCUUAAACAAGGAAACCCUUAACACAUGUCUUACAAGAAAUGUAUUAGUAUUUGUGUUGACAUUUUUUAUAAACCAAUUUCCAUAUUUUA